AAUGGCUGUUUAAGACAGUAGAUGAUCCAGGUUAACCCGGCCUACAGAAUCAGACAACAUAGCGAGUGGUUUCAAACUUUCAACUACCAUUUAAGAAAUAACAUUAAAAAAUGAAACCCCAUUAAAAAUAUAUAAAAAAGAAAUGAGUAGUACUCUUUUGGAGAUGAUGACUCGUUCUUUGGUGACGUAAAAUCAAGCUGUGAAGCUUUUUCUUCUUAACAAAGCUAUCUUUGUUCUGACUUGGUAUUAGCUUUCACAGACACCCUUUUCACACUGCUCCACUUUUUGGCUCCUAUACAAUCUUUCCUUUUUCCCGUUGGACCAUUUCUCUUUUUUAUUUUGUUGUCUUUUUAUGGGGUGGGUGUUUAAGUGUUUUACUCUUUCUCUUUAACUUUUUUCUUUUUCUUUUUCUUUUUUUCUCUUUUAUUUUUAAUUUUUAAUUUUUAAGUAAUGCUUUUGUUGGUUGGUGAGCUAAAUUCCAGCUGCCCUCUAUUGACGUCCCUUGGAUCAUGGAGCUCUCGUUGUUUCAUUUGAUGCUUUGAAACCUCUUUUGGAUUCUGGGUCUUUCUCUUCUUUAGGACCCCGAAAAUUUGAAAGACGUGUAAACUCUGAAGGUUUAGCAGGUUCUAUCUCCUAGACACAUAUGAGAGUGGGGAAAGCAGCUUUUGGGGGACAAUGAAGUGCUUUUAUUUCAAAAACAAAGAGAAAAAUGAGGAACCGAAGUCCACAAAAUCUAUCUCAGGUCGCUUUACUUCGACUUCCAUGUCAAAUGAGCGUGACAUAAAGGGAUCUAGUUCUGAAUUUAAUUCCCAGAAUGCUUCAGAGUUUAGCACGGCAUCUUCUACCAGGUCAUUUGCAAUCUUGUCACAAAGACACAGUACCGAUCUAAGAGAAUUUACAUUCUCAGAGUUGAAAACAGCCACUAAGAAUUUCAGCCGCUCCCUCAUGAUUGGAGAGGGUGGAUUUGGUGGUGUGUUCAGGGGUGUGAUCAGGAGCACAGAAGAUCCACAUAAAAAGAUAGAUGUUGCUGUUAAACAACUAAGUAGAAGAGGACUGCAGGGCCACAAAGAGUGGGUGACAGAAGUAAAUGUUUUAGGGGUUGUUGAACAUCGGAAUCUUGUCAAAUUAUUGGGCUACUGUGCUGAGGAUGAUGAAAGAGGGAUCCAGCGCCUGCUCAUAUAUGAAUAUAUGCCCAACAGGAGUGUUCAGGAUCAUUUAUCAAGUCGGUUUCAGGUACCUCUUCCAUGGGCCAGAAGAAUGAAAAUAGCACAGGAUGCUGCUCGUGGCUUAGUUUACCUCCAUGAAGGGAUGGAGUUUCAGAUUAUCUUCAGGGAUUUCAAGUCUUCAAACAUACUUCUAGAUGAGCAAUGGAAUGCAAAGUUGUCAGAUUUUGGAUUGGCCAGGCUGGGUCCUUCAGAUGGAUUGACUCAUGUCUCAACUGCAGUUGUAGGAACCAUUGGUUAUGCAGCUCCUGAGUAUGUUCAAACUGGACAUCUCACAUCAAAAAGUGAUGUGUGGAGCUAUGGAGUUUUCCUUUAUGAACUCAUAACAGGCAGGCGCCCUUUGGAUCGAAACCGCCCUAAGGGUGAGCAAAAACUCUUAGAAUGGGUCAGGCCACAUCUCACUGACCUAAAAAAAUUCCAGCUGAUUUUGGAUCCAAGGCUUGAAGGGCAGUAUUCCCUCAAGUCUGCACAAAAAUUAGCAGCUGUAGCCAAUAAGUGCUUGGUCCGGCAUCCUAAAUCUCGUCCAAAAAUGAGUGAGAUCUUGGAUAUGGUGAACCGGAUAAUGGAGUCUACAGACAUUGGAAGCCCCCAACUCCCAAUGAAGAGUUUGCCUUUCAAACAGGAUUCCACAAAAUCCAAGAGAGAGUUUUUGAAAAGAAGGUUUUUGAAUCCAUUAAUUGGAGAAAAAGGUUGUUUGAUUUGGCAAAUAUGGAGACCCAAGAUUGUUAGGACAUGUUGAACAAAAAGUUGAGGACAAAGGCAUAUCCAUUCCUUCAUUUUUUGUGUGAACAAGCUCAUGUACCAAAGCUUUUCUUUCCUUUUCAAUCUUUUUUCCCUGAAUGUAUAAAUUACUCUUUUUCUGUAAAAUGCCAAGUACAAGUGCAAAAGUUAAAUAUGUGUAAGUUCUUAUGCACUUUGUUUGACCUCUAGGCAUCUUUUGCCAAUUGAAGUAUAGAAAGUAUGAUUGUCACCCUUGAACAAA